AUGGCCGGGAAACAGAAGCAAGUCGCCGCGCAAAAGGCGGUUGCGCCUCGCCAGCAGCACUACGAGUUUGGCGGCCCUAUCGGUGCCUUCGCCAUCACCUUUGGCCUUCCCAUUCUCGUCCACGUCUUCAACCUUUUCUGCAACGAUAUCUCGGGCUGCCCAGCGCCCUCGCUCCUCCACCCCAAGUCUCUCGACCUCGAACAGCUCAAGCGCGAAAUCGGCUGGCCUGAAAAUGGCGUCUUCGGCCUCUUCUCGUGGUCCGCCACCCUCUGGACUUUGGCCUACUACGCCCUCUCGCUCGUCCAAUACCGCAUCCUCCCCGGUCACCACGUCGAGGGAACCGAGCUGAGCACCGGCGGCAAGCUCAAGUACAAGCUGAACGCAUUCAACUCGGCCAUGUGCACCUUGGCCAUCCUCGCUGCUGGCACCAUCGCUCAGGGCGCCGAGUUCCCUGUCUGGACUUUCAUCUCCGACAACUUUGCGCAAAUCAUCAGCGCCAACAUCCUCUUUGCCUCGGCGCUCGCCAUCUUCGUCUACGUCCGCAGCUUUGACGUCAAGCCUGGUAACAAGGACAUGCGCGAGCUGGCCGCAGGUGGCACCACCGGCUCCCUUAUCUACGACUUCUACAUCGGCCGCGAGCUUAACCCUCGCAUCACCCUGCCCCUCAUCGGCGAGGUCGAUAUCAAGGAGUUUAUGGAGAUGCGCCCCGGCCUUCUUGGAUGGAUCAUUCUCAACUGCGCCUUCAUCGCCAAGCAAUACCGCCAGUUCGGCUACGUCACGGAUUCGAUCAUCUUCAUCACCGCCAUCCAGGCCUUCUAUGUCUUCGAUGGUAUCUACAUGGAGCCUGCCGUUCUGACGACCAUGGACAUCACCACGGACGGCUUUGGGUUCAUGUUGAGCUUCGGUGAUGUGGUUUGGGUGCCUUUCAUGUACUCGACGCAGACCCGUUACCUGGCCACUCAUCCUCAACAGCUUGGCGCUUUGGGUCUGAUUGCUGUCGGCACUGUUCUGGCCGCUGGUUACAGCAUCUUCCGCCUGUCCAACUCCCAGAAGAACAACUUCCGCAGGAACCCCGAGGACCCCAGUGUUAAGCACCUGACCUACCUCCAGACCAAGACCGGUUCUCGUCUCAUUACCUCUGGAUGGUGGGGCAUCGCUCGCCAUAUCAACUAUUUCGGCGAUUGGCUGCAGAGCUGGCCUUACUCUCUCCCUACUGGUAUCGCUGGCUACCAGAUCUUGAGCGCUGGCAGCGGGGCUCCUGGUGCCAUCACUAUGUUGGACGGGCGCGAGGUUGUUCAGGGCGAGGCCAGGGGUUGGGGUAUCAUUUUCACCUACUUCUACAUCCUGUACUUUGCCGUUCUGUUGGUCCACCGCGAUCUCCGAGAUGACGAGAAGUGCUCCAAGAAGUAUGGCGAGGACUGGGAGAAGUACAAGAAGAUUGUGAGGUGGAAGAUUGUGCCUGGUAUUUACUAG